AUGCUCGCGCCAGUCCCCCGUCGAGCCUGCAGUUCCACCUGCAGCCUCCAAGCCCUUCGAGCCGCACCCAAGGCUUCAUUAUGUACAGGCACCCUAUAUAACAGAACUAGACCCUCCUUCGUGACUGCAUCCGCAUCUGCAUCAUACCCCUCGAGCGUCUCCCUCUAUAUAUCAUCGCGCCAAUCCUUCCACUCAACCCCCCGAACCGACUCGUCCCAACAAUCCCGCAUCUCCUAUCGGGUUGCCGUCUCCUCAUCCGGCAAAGGAAAGCGCUUCCACCCUCUCAAAAAUGCAUAUAAUUUCGACCCCGCGACCUCGGACGUCCUAGGCGUAUCCAAGGAUAAAAACCCCGUCGCCCGCCGGCGCAGUCGCCCAGAUAGCGGCGAAGAUGCCUUCUUCGUGAGCCGCGUCGGAUCCGCAUCCGAGUCCGAAUCCAAAUCCAGCCCCGACGGGAACCGCUCCCCAACAUCCCGAGAUCAGCCCGAUCCAGAAGCCGUCGCAUUCGCCGUCGCAGACGGCGUAGGAGGCUGGACAGAAUCACGCGUCGACCCGGCAGAUUUCUCCCACGGACUUUGCGCCUACAUGGCGCAAUCAGCCCUAUCCUGGACCCAACCAUCCGACCAACUCCGACCAAAACAAUUACUCCAAGCAGGCUAUGACGCGAUCGUCGCCGAUCCAUCCGUGAAAGCAGGCGGUAGCACUGCGUCCGUCGGCAUCGCAUUACCAGAUGGACGAGUCGAGUUAGCUAAUCUCGGCGACUCGGGUUCGGUACUUCUUCGUCGGGCUGCGGUGCACACAUACACGACACCACAGACACAUGGCUUCAAUACACCGUACCAACUAAGCAUAAUCCCACCACGCAUGCGCGCGCAAGCGAAUAUCUUCGGCGGAGCAUUUUUGGAAGAUUUCCCACGUGAUGCAUCUGUCACGAAUGUCCAGAUGCAGCAUGGUGAUGUUCUCAUGCUUGCUACGGAUGGGGUGUUUGAUAAUUUGAAUAAUCAGGAUAUUCUCAAGCUUGUUACGAGUCGGAUGGUAAUGACUGGUGCUUGGACUGCGGAGCCGGGGCAGGGCGUUGGAAUUUCGGAUUCUUUGCGUUCUCUUACUGUUCCUGGUGGAUUGGCUUCUGCUUUUCCUCCGUCGCCGUCGCAGGCUAAUUCGAAGGAGAGUAAGGAUUUGGAUCGGAUUGAGUCGACACUUACGCUUCAGUCUUUGCUUGCUGCGUCUAUUUCUGGUGAGGCGAAGAUUGCUAGUGUUGAUUUUCGAAGGGAUGGGCCUUUUGCGAAGGAGGCUCAGCGGUAUUAUCCUGGUGAUUAUUACCGCGGUGGGAAGGUCGAUGAUAUUACUACAUUGAUUCUUGUUGCGGUGGAUGAAGCUGUUGUUGGAGAUGGCCAAUGA